AUGCAAAACGACUCUGCUAUUCCUGAUAAUAACAGCGACAACAACGUGAGAGGUGUCUUUCGCCAAAAUGGCUCUGCUAAAUCUGAGCCUUCACAACCUAUUUUUCGUUGCAAUGAUUGUGGCAAACUACUUGAUCUUGUUAUUGAGCAAGGAAUAUCUGCGAGAAAAGCUGGUUUAACCAUUGGCAUUGUUGUAAGAACAGCGCAGCAUUAUGUCAAAUUGUAUAAAGAUAAUGUGGAGAAGCGUUUGCCCGGAACCAAAAAACUGUCACGUCAAGGUGGAAAUGACAGAAAGCUCGAAGAGAAACAUACAGAUUUCCUUUGUAGUUUUUAUGAGCAAAAUGUGGCUGCAGUCCUUUGGGAGGCAAGAGAUGCACUGCUUCCUGCCUUCCCUGAUUUGAUUUCAAUUACUUUAUCGGGUUUACAUAAGCAUCUCAUUAAGUAUGCAUUACUUGCUUUGAAAAAAUUAGAUAAAGUUCUUGCUACUAGAGCAACUGAUAAUAUGUUGCAAUUACGUAAAGAAAUUGUAUUGGCAUGGAAAGCAGAUCAAGCAAUGAAUUGGCAAAAUAAUUAUAUUUUCAUUGAUGAAACUGAGUUUAAUAUGCGUAUUAGACGAAACUUUGGUAGAUCAAAGCGAGGGAUGCCUGCUAAAGCAAGUUUCCCUUCAAAUAAAGGUAUCACCGUAGCAAUCAUUGGGGCUAUUUGUGAAAAAGGAGUUGUUGAUUUGACCUUGCGCAAGCCAAAGGCAGUUCAAAAGAAUGCUCGUGGAAUGACUGGUAGAUAUCUUGUUAUGGAUAAUGCCAUGAUUCAUAAACGUCCUAAUAUUCAAAAACUUAUUGUGGACCGAGGCUAUAAGGUUGCUUACCUUCCUUACUCGCCAUUUCUAAAUCCAAUUGAAUUGUUCUGGGCAAAGAAUUAUCGAAUCAGCUAA